AUGAACUUUGCUCUCAAUUCCGCUUUAUUGUUCGUCUUGAUUGCUACCGCGUCUUGUCAGUUCCUGCAAUAUGACGACCUCUCUGUUCUCGGAGAAGUCGUUGAAGGCUCUGGUGUAGAUGUGAAGCCAGCUGCCACUUCCGAAGCCCCAGCUACCAACAGUAUUGUCGAAGAGACGACCACAACUACAGUAGCUCCUUCCACUACUGAAGUCGAAAUGACAACCACUGAAAAUACAACUACUGUUGCUGAAACUACCACCACUGAGGCUGCUACUACUACAACUGAAGAAUCCACGACCACCACUACUACUGAAGAGCCAACCACUACCACCGAAGAAAUUUCCACAACCGACAGUGUCAUUGCCGAGACCACCCCAACCGAAGAGGUCGAUGAGGAGAGUUUCCUUGGAUUCAAAAAACCAGACCUCGCCACCAUCUACCGUAGACUCUUCCCAUUCCAACAUCAUCCAGGACACAAGCAACAUUAUCAAGGACAGUUCGGACAACAAGGAGGCUUCUAA